AUGAGAAACCUCCAAUGUGUACACCGGGGUAUUAUCAAACCCGAAUCAGUGGAGGCACCUGAUCUCAACCUGGUCAAGACCAUUUAUGACCCUCUUUCAGACGCCAUGGUCUUCGUCUUCGACGGCUUAGACACCGUUGAGGUUCAGCAGUUCUCAAAAACCGAAGGUACACAGGUAUGGGCAAACUUCCCCGUCAGUGGCCACGUCCUUGCAUGCGACUUUUUGUGGGAGUCGCAGACGUGUGUCAUCUUCCUCAGUGACGGAAACGUUUACAGUGUGGAGCAGGGAGAUCAGGUCAUCAACCUGGGAGAAAUGGAGGGAGUGGAGAGUGCAGCAUGGUCCCCCGACCAGCAAGUAGUUGCUCUGGGAGCCAAAGACAAGGUCCUUGUUCUGUCUAGAACUUUCGAUCCGCUCUCAGAGACUCCUGUUUCAGUGGACGACCUCAAACUGUCCAGACAUGUCAGUGUUGGAUGGGGUUCUGCAGACACCCAGUUCCGAGGACGAGGAGCCAAGAGAGAUCCCACAGUGCCUGAGCAUGUCGAUAUUGGUCACGUGACUGAAUCAGAUGAGUCCAACAUUACUCUCUGCUGGAGACCUGAUGGAGAGUGGCUUGCCCAGUCCUCCUGUGACGAUGUAGAGGGAGGUAAGCGACGAGUCGUGCGAGUUUACUCUCGAGAUGGUCAGCUCUUUUCUGUCUCUGAGCCUGUUGAUGGUCUUCUUGAUCUUGUUGCUUGGGGAACUUCCCUUAUCGCUUGUGUUGCCAAGCAAGAGGUUGUUUUCUUUGAGCGAAAUGGUCUCCGACAUGGAGGGUUCCACAUUGGCGACUUUGUCCCUAUUGGCAUGCAAUGGAACUCUACGGGUGAGAUUCUGGCCCUGUGGUCCCAUGAAACGGUUCGACUCUAUACUACAAAGAACUACAGAUGGUACCUGAAACAAGAGGUCGUUUCUCGGCUUCCCGGAAACCCCAAGACCCUCACUUGGCACCCCGAGAAGCCCCGAACCAUCAUCAUCAACUAUGACGAUCACGUUGAGAUCCACGAAUACACAGACACUGUCACUAGCGAGCCUGUUAACGGAGUCACUUGCGUCAUUGAUGGAAAGCUGCUUCUUGUGACACCUCUGAAACUGGCCUGUGUUCCCCCUCCAAUGUCUAGAGACGAGAUCCACAUGGAGGAGAACAUCGUUGCCGUUUCUUCUUCCGCAUCACACAUUGCCGUUCUCACAAGAGAGGCUGUGUAUAUAUACGACUCUUUGACAGUGACCCACGUCACUACACACAGGCUUGACUUGAAUAACGAGACUGUCAAGGCGGUUGUUAUUCACGGAGAAGUGCCUUACGUUCUGGCUGAGUCAGCAUCUGCCUCCAGAGUCAUUACCCCUGCGAAGAGCUUUCCUCUCCAUUCCGACUGCAUUGCCUUUGCCAAGAGCCACAAGGCUCCUUUGCUUCAGCUUCUCGACGGAUACGUCUAUCUUCUACAAGACACUCUUGAACCUCUCGCCAAACUCCCUCGAUGUAGCACUAUCGCUUACACUGACGAGAUCUACGGACUGACCAGCAAGGGUAAGCUCUAUAAGGGCGAUCAGGUGGAGGCAAGUCACGUGACUUCUCUGCUUUCUUCCGACGAUACCUUACUAUAUACGACAGCUGAGCGGCUCUAUCUCGCGGGUGAGUCGAGAGAGAUUGAAAAGUCGUCCCUGCUGGUGUCUGUGCAUCCUUCCACUUACUCUGUUGUUCUACAGGCUCCUCGCGGCAACCUUGAGACUAUCCAUCCUCGUCCACUUGUGCUGAAACGAGUUUCUGAGGCUCUUAAGAAUCGAGACUUUAAGGCUGCUCUGACCAUCUGUCGAACCCACCGAGUUGACCUCAACUUCCUGCAUGAUCAUGAUUCUGAGCUGUUCAUGACUCACGUCAGCGAGUUUGUUGACCAGGUAUCUUCCAAUCAUCUGGAUCUGUUCCUCACCGAAGUUGGAGUCAAGAACAACCCCAAGGGCAACGAGAUCUGUGACGCUGUUCUCACUAACACUAAGAACCUGCUAAACCAGAUCACCGCACACAGCUUCAAAAACCCCCCAGAUGUGGCCGCUGCCCUGGCCCUGGUUGACUCGGAAGAAUCACUGGAACAUCUGUGUUUCUUGCAUGAUGUCAACCACCUCUACGAUACUUCUCUGGGACUCUACGAUCUGGAGAAGACUCUACUUGUCGCACAGCAGAGUCAGAAGGAUCCUAAGGAAUACCUUCCUUUUCUUCAGAAGCUGCAGGUUAUGUCCGAGGACCGUCGAAAGUUCACUAUUGACGAUCAUCUCGAGAAGUAUGCCAAGGCUCUUGAGAGUCUUAUCGCAGACAAGGCCGAGCACGAAGAAAUCGACACCUACAUUACCCGACAUGUUCUGUACAAUGAGGCUCUGAAGCUAUACACUGACAAGAGCGAUACUCAGCGGGUGCUCAAUAUUUACGCAGCGUUUUUGGAGUCCACUCGAGAGUACAAGGAGGCUGGUAUUAUCUACGAAUCUCUCGAGAAGUGGGAGGAGGCUCUGGAAGCAUACAAGGCUGGUGUCUACUGGGAAGAGGCUUUGUGCCUAUGCCAUGCUGUUGAAGGGUUCGAAGACCGAGUCCGAGACGUUGCAGAUGAGCUGGCUCCUCAGCUUGUUUCCGCCCAUUGCUACAAGGAGGCCUCUACCCUUUAUGCGGACUACCUUGGUGACAUUAUGGAGGCUGUUAGAUGCCUGUGUCUGGGCUCCAACUUUGUUGCCGCCCGUGCUCUUGCUGCUCGAAAGGCUGGUGGUGAAAAGCAGAGAAUCUUUCGGGAGAUUGACAGUCUCCUCAGCGAUGCGUUUGGUACUCACUCAGAGUUUCUGGCUGACUGUCAGACCCAGGUAAAGAACCAGGUGUCCCGACUUCACGAGGUUCGACAGCUUGCUCAGGUCAGCAUGUCUCGAGAACUCGAGCGCUUGGAAGAUGAUAACAUGGUUCCCGACGAUAUAUCUCUGGCUGACACUGCUUCUACCUCUGGAACCUUCCUGACCAAAUACACUGGUAAGACUGCCGGUACUGCCAAGACCGGCGUGUCUCGACGAACAGCCAAGAACAAGCGACGAAUGGACCGAAAGAAGGCCAAGGGUAAGAAGGGUACUGUGUUCGAGGAGGAGUAUCUGGUUGCCAGUCUGGGACGCCUGGUGGAGCGGUUAGAGCAGUCUAAGGUGGAGAUUUACAACGUGAUCCAGGCUCUGUAUUCUCGUGACCGAAGACCUUUGGCCCAUCAAUUGCAGCAGUCGCUCGUCGCGCUCGCUGCAAGCUUGACCGAAAACGUCCAGUUUGUGUUCAACCGAACCAUGGAGGAUCGGAAGCGAAUCGACGACGAUGGCGCUGUCUACUAUCUGGAUGAGGUUCCUGUUCCCGAAAUUAAAAAGGUGGAGGUUUUUGCUUCUCUCUAA